GGGUAACUUGAGCGUCCCUUCAAUGAACUUCAAUGAGAGUGGAGGUCGUGCUUAGAACGUCCCAUAUGAACCGACCAGCUUCAAGUAGAAAUAGAAGAAAGGCCGUUGUUAAUACAAUUGGAAAAGUAACCACGAGAUCCGCAUACUGGAGAGCAUCGCAAAGCACCCGCCUGUAAUGAGCACCAUGGCCGACACCGUGACCCUCCUCAAGCUUGCCGAAACUGACGUUGCCCAAGAGAUACCAAAAGAACAGUUCGGCCCCGUCAUCUUGCAGCCUCCGUUCGUCUUCGUCGACGGCACAUUCAACACCCGCGAUCUGGGCCUGGUGCCCAACAGUCCGCUGCGGGCCAACUUUGCCUACCGAUCUGGGUCUCUCAGCCACCUGACGGACAACGGUAAAGCGGUGCUGGCGGGGAAGUUAGGAAUCAAACGGAUUUUUGACCUGCGCUCGCCCAAGGAAAGAAAGCACGACCCUGAUCCCAUCAUUCCGGAUAUUGAGAAUACAUGGAUUCAAAGCUCGCGGCCAGACUCUCAUCUAGACUUGAACAAGUUCCUCUCGGGCGGCGGAGAGGUGGGAUAUGAGGAAAUGUACUUGGAAGUGGUAGAUUUCUAUCAGCCUGCGUGGAAGGUCAUUCUUGAGCAUGUGAAAGAUCGACCUCAGGAUCCUUUUCUGGUUCAUUGUGUGGCGGGGCGGGAUAGAACCGGAGUUUUGGGAGGACUCCUGCUCACACUCGCUGGAGCCUCGCCAGAUGUGGUCACACUCGACUACCUGCUCUCACGUAUCGGCACGGAACCCGUUCGCAAGAGGCUCUUGGCUUUCGCCAUGGCGGGGACCUCGGCUGAGAGUGAAGAACAGCCCGGGUUCUAUAAUAUGUGCAGUCUGCGGGCAUCCUGCUGGAAUGCUUUCAUCGCCGGGCUGCAGAGAGAGUAUGGAGGGUACGAGCAGUUUGUCAUCGACAAACUUGGCUUCUCGGGGGAGGACUUGGCAAAGAUCAAGGCAAACCUGACUUCACCUUCAACCAAGAAGUAGCUUCCAUAAGCGGUGUUCAAGACAGUUGGGGUUUAAGGUUGCUGAUAUGAUCACGUUUGGAACGAUUGAGACCGAAACGGAUAAGGGGAAGAGAAGCCUCUAACUUGCGGAAUGAUGAACUGUUCUAAGAAUGCCAAUGUGCGAU